AUGGGAGUCGGCGACGACGACGACGACGCCGCGGACGACGCCGUCGUCCGCGAGGACAUGGUCUUAAACGCGGUCGCGUUCCUCAAGCACCCGCAGGCGCGUCAGAUCUCGCGCGCGGGCGUGUCGUCCUCGCCCGAAUCGACGAAGCGCGCGUUCUUAGAGAAGAAAGGGCUCACGACCGCGGAGAUCGAGGAGGCGUUCAAGCGCGCGCCGCGAGCAGAGACCGCGUCGACGCCGACCGCCGCGCCGAUCGCUUCUGGCGCUUUCGGCGGGACCUCGCCGCCGCCGCCGCCGCCGCCGCCGCCGCCGCCCGGGGUCGGCCCUCCCCCGGGAACGUCGAAGCCGCAGACGUCGACGCCGUGGACGCGCGUCGUCGCCCGCGCCGUCGCCGCGACCGCGGCGCUGUCGUACGUCGCGCGAUCGCUCUCGAAGCGGCGCGCGCGGACGGCGGAUGCGUCCGCCGCCGCCGCGUCCGCCGCCGCCGCCGCCGCCGCGUCCGCGUCCGCGGCGCAGGAGGCCGCGGCGCUCCGCGCGCGCUCCGACGAGCUCGCGCACUCCGUGGAGGACGUCCGCGCGCUCGUCGCGAAAGCGAGAGCGGACGCCGCCAGCGUCAACGCGAUGGCGGCGGGGCGCGGCGGCGGCGGCGCCGCCGCCGCCGCGGAGUCGUCCUCCGUCGCCGCCGCGAUCGCGUCUCUGCGCGACGACCUGCGCGAGGAACUCAGAGGCGUCGUCGCGAACGCGGUCGAGGACGUCCGCGCGAGGAGCGCGGUGACCACGCCGAACGGAGGCGCCGGCGACGUCCCGGAGAGCGUCCGGGAGGAGCUCGCGCAGAUCAAAGCGUUGCUGUACGCGUCGCCGCUGACGUCGCCGGCGAAGCCGACGACGACGAUGACGUCGCCGCGAGAGGGGGGUUCGAACCGGCGGGAUGCGAACCGUCGCGGCGUGGAGGACGUCGGCGCGAACGCGCGAUGGGAAGACGACGACGAAGACGACGAGGAGGAGGAUCGGGUGAAGUCGCCCGCGGUCGCGUCCCCGGGGAAACACUCGAAGCGGUACUCGCGCGCGGACGAGGAGGAGGAGGAGGAGGACGACGACGACGUGAUCGUGCCGCCGCCCGAGGUGGCGACGCGCGCGUCGCUCGGGACGUACGGGAGCGCGACGGAGGGGCGCGGGGGGAAGCGCGGCGCGACGGAGACGACGAGCGCGGCGGCGGCGGGGGCGAGCCCUUCGAGGAAACCGUCUUCAACCGCGGACGUGAGCGAGCCGCCGCGCGACGACCCGCCGCACCCGCCGAGCUACGUGAAGAUUCUCGAGAUGCUCGAGAAAGGGGAGACGCCGCCGGGGAUCAAGGACGUGGACGACAAGCCCCCUAACCCGAACGCGAAGCUCCCGAAGUCGAGGAAGCGCGUCAAGAAGAAGCCGUGGGAACGCGACGGCGGUAAGACGUCGCGGGCGAGGGAGGCGGUGAGCCGCGCGACGGCCGCGGCGGCGGGGACGACGGCUUCGAGCACGGACUACAGCGACGGCGCCGGGUUCGGGUACGGCGCGAGCGCGGCGAAGGGGAGAGGCGUCGGCGGCGCGGCGGCGGAGGAGGGAGAGGUUGGCGGCGUCGUCGGCGGCGGCGGCGGGUGGCAGCCGCCGCGAGUGCCCGCGAUGAGCGAGGAAGCGAGCAAGGUGUUGAUGGGAAGGUUAGGCGGCUCGGACGACGGCAGCAGCGGGGUGUGGAGCGUCGGCAGCGACGCUUACCCGGACGGACGCGAAUGAGAGACGACGCGGCGCGAGAGGACACGAGACGACGUUUGGCGAAAAGAGAGAAACAGUUUGGCAAAAAGUCAAGUCAACAAUCC